AACUGCGUAACUCCGAAGAGGAGUCCGCUGCAGAACGCAAAUAAAGACUUUCUGCCUCAAACUUACUUCCUAAAUCAGUAAAGUAAAUAUGAAGAAAGCCGAAAUUAUAGUAGAGAUAUUAUCUUGAAAUUUUAUGACAAUUACCUUUAUCAUGUAAGGCUUUAUUUUAAAAAAGAGGCGUUUUAUUAUUUAAGCGGAGCAUCAACAGCGCGGGCUUCUAAAGAGACCGUUAACAUGUAAUGUUAAGGCGCCAAAUUCAAUUCAAAAUUCCAGACAAUUUAUGAGACUUAAAACCAAGAUAUGAGAAUACAAACAUGAGAACAGCUCUGUGGAAAAUUCGGCUUCAUUAAAUUAAAUGUCAGCCCAAAUAAGAAAGAAGAAAGACAAGUAAGUACAAAGACCUGGCAGAAAGCUACAUUUACACUCGACGUGAUGACGUAAGACGCACAUCCCCAACAAAACAAACAGGAUUUACUGCUAAUGGACUGUUCAGUUGUCUUAUUUUACUCCCAUAAAUAAAUUAAUAUCAUAAAAUUAAACGUGAUAAAAACAAGUUUUGUACACAUACAUACACAUUUAUGUGUAUGUAUUCUUAAAAUGUAAAUUUUUUUGCAAUGUGAGUUAGAUGUGGUAAAGUCUAUAAAAAGUGUAGCGUUUUUUAAGUUAUAGAUGUAUUUAUUUUCUGAAAAUAGCCUUUUGAUUUUUGACCAUCACACCACUUUCUUGUAUUUCUCUUUUCUUAUUUGGGCUGGAGCUUAAUACUGCUGUGGCGAUUACGACAAUAAAAUGCAAGGACUAAACUCUUCGUUUAGUUUGUUUUAUUUUUCCAUCUUUGUUUCAUAAACUCUAAUAAUCAAAACAUCCACGGACCAGAAAACCUGCUGGCCCAAAGUUUCGUUUCAGCGCUGAAGUUUCAAUCCCAGGAAAAUGAAACUUAAGGUUCGCCUGACUGAAGCGACGUCGCUCUUCUUCUUUCUAAACUUCCUCCAUAAACGUCGCCCGUCAUCGCGUGACGUCAUCCCUACAAUAUAGCCUAUGAGCGCGAGCGCCGCGCGAUCAUUCUGCAGCUGCGCCUCUUACAGAUCACCGGAGAAAACUCCAGAAGAGACAAAACCCUCCGGAUCUACAGAGAAAACAGCUGGAAGAUGAGUUCUCCUCAGAGUCUGCAGUCCAGACUGAAGGCCUCAGAGUGCCACUUCACCUGGGAUCUGAACACCACCAGGAACAAAAUGUCCCGUAUCAGGGAUAAGGUGGAGGACAUCGGUACAGAUGAGGGGAACUUCUGGCUGGGUCACAUGUACAACCUGCUGGGCUUCAUCCAGUACCAGCUGGGCUCCUCUGAAGACGCCCUGAAGCUCUUCAAACGGGCCGCUGAGACCUUCCAGAGGCAGAAAAACGCUGAUGAAGGUCCCUGGUUGAUGGUGAACUUUGGGAAUCUGGCCUGGCUGCACCAUCACCUGGGAGAAGAUGAGAAGAGUGAAGACUACCUGUCAAAGGUCGACGGUCUGAUGAAAAAGAAGAAGGGAGAUCUCUACCCAGAGGUCUUAGCUGAGAAGGCCUGGAGCCUGAUGAAGUUUGAUAAAGAGAAGGAGCUGAAGGCUUUAGAGCUCUUCCAGAGAGCCAUCCGGAUGCAGCCGGACAUCGUGGAGUGGCGGAGCAGCCGUAUAAUCGGGCUGCUGAGCACCUUCAAGCACAGCGAUGUUGAACUAGAGCCUGACAUCUGGGAGGACCUAAGGGUAGCCAGAGAAGAAGAUCCAGAAAACUUGUACCUUGCUGCUGUGGACCUGAAACAACAAGCCAAGAGAGGCGAGCGAGUUCAAGAGGAAGCACAGGAGUUGUCCGAGAAGAUUUUACUGAACCCUGUCAGCUGCUACAGUGGCAUCAAACCCCUCCUGAGGAUCUACAGACAAAUCGAAUCCUACGACGAUGCGAUUGACGUGGCAGAAAGGGCCCUGACGAAGGAUCCAGAUUCCCGGUACCUGAAGAGAUGUGCCGCUCUUGCCUACAAAUGGAAGAUAGUUUUUUCCAGACACGGUCGCCCAAGUCAAAGAACCUUUGACCGAGCAAUCGGCUUGUUGGAGGACGUCAUCUCUUCCUACCCCUCUUGUUUGCCAAAGAAGUUGGACCUUGCAAGUGUGUGGGCCAAGUCUGGUCGCGGGCUGAUGAAACCAGAUCAGAUCUACAAGGAGUUGCUGCAGAAAUCUUUGGAUCCUGCAGACCAACAGUGUGUUUACAACUACUACGCCAAGUACCUCCGCUUUGACCGGCAGGAAUGGAACAAGUCGGCUGAGUAUCACAUGAAGGCUGCAGCCAUUAACCAUGAGUCUUUCUCCCGGAUGAACAGCAUCCAGGUGCUGGAGAAGAUCCGAGACCGCGGACGGUCCAGAAUGUGCCCAGAGAUCCGAGAGUUUCUGGAAAACCUGGAAGGUGUCCAGACUGCAUGAAAGCCAGACGUUCAAAGAUCAGAUCCAACGAUGCUUCUGACUGUCUGAAUAAUAUAUUCUGGUUCUAACCCCUUAAUCCCUGAAUUUAUAUCUAAUUGUGCAUAAAUUUAAUAAAUGGUGUUUUUGCUUUCA